AUGCCACGUGAAACAAGUGACGACGUGACACGAGCUAACUGGACGCGACGAUUCUCAAAGACGGUGCUUGCAAAUCUCGUCCCAUUUCGAAAAGUAUCCAAUACGGACGAGGUGAAGACGCCACCGCCACACUCGCACGUACGACGUCGAGCCAGCGCGGCGCCAGAAGUCCUGCUGACGACUGGUCGCCAGGCUGCCGUCGCGACGCCAGAAAUCAGUGCGUUGCACAAACUGCGACAACGGAGACGAAGUGCUGAUCGGAUAUACGCGCUCAAGAGCCAUCAGGUAAGAGUUCGUGCAUAA